GGUACAGAGGCCAGUUGUUCUCUUCAGGACUCUGAAUCCCGGAAGGAGACCAUGACUUUUAGCCCAGAGGCCACUUUAUCUUUGGAGGGGACUGUGAACCUAGAUGACAUUCUCUUUCUGGGGGAUUCAGGGGACUUUGAAGAGAGUCUCUAUGUGGAAGAGUUUGAGAAGCCAGAGGAGACACUAUAUAUCGAAGAAUCGAAGCAGCCAGAGGAGGCUCUGGACCUGGGAGAGCCAGUGAGUCCAGAGGACACCCCGCCUGUAGAGGAACCUGUGAAGCCAGAUGAGGGACAGUUUUCGAAGCACGUGGAACCUGCUAAGAGCCCAAGCCCAGAGCAGACUGCUGGUGAGGGCGAGAUGGUGGCCCUGGAGGAAGGUCUUCCAGCUCCACCGAGUCCCAGCACAGAGGAGGACCUCAGCGUGGAGGACCUGGCGCUGCUGGAAGGCCGAUUCCAGCAGUGUGUACAAGCUGUAUCCCAGCUGGAAGAGGAGAGGGAUCAGCUUAUCCACGAGCUCGUGCUGCUCCGGGAACCAGCCCUGCAGGAGGUGCAGCAGGUCCACCAGGACAUCCUGGCUGCCUACAAGCUGCAUGCACAGGCCGAACUUGAGCGGGACGGGCUCAGGGAAGAGAUCCGGAUGGUGAAGCAGAAACUGUUCAAGGUGACCAAGGAAUGCGUGGCCUACCAAUACCAGCUGGAGUGCCGCCAGCAGGACGUGGCUCAGUUUGCCGAUUGCAGGGAAGCGCUGAGCACUCGGGCAGCCCAGCUCUCGGGAGAACUGACCCAGCUCCGAGAUGCCUACCAGAAACAGAAGGAGCAGUUGCAGCAACAACUAGAAGCACCCCCAACCCAGAGCGAUGGGCACUUUCUGCAGGAGAGUCGGCGGCUGUCAACGCAGUUUGAAAACCUCAUGGCAGAGAGCCGCCAGGGCCUGGAAGCCGAGUAUGAGCCUCAGCUGCUGCGGCUCCUGGAGAGGAAAGAGGCAGGGACCAAAGCUCUACAGGACACCCAAGCAGAGAUCCAAAAGAUGAAGGAGGCUCUGAGACCCCUGCAAGCAGAGGCCCGGCAGCUCCACCUUCAGAACAGGAACCUGGAGGACCAGAUCACGCUCGUGAGGCACAAACGGGACGAAGAGGUUCAACAGUACAGGGAGCAGCUGGAGGAGAUGGAGGAGAGACAGAGGCAGUUACGGAGUGGAGUGCAAGUCCAGCAGCAGAAGAACAAAGAGAUGGAGCGGCUGAGGAUCAGCCUUGCUGAAGAGCUUUCAACAUAUAAGGCUACGAUACCCAAGAGUCUGGAACAGGCUGACACAGCUACUUCUCAGGCAGGUGGAGCCGAGGCCCAAUCCCAAGGGACUGUUUAGCAAUAUAUGGCCGGAUCUGUGACCCAGAAACAAAGCAUUUAUACCAAAGCAUUGCUAGAUGGACUUUUCCUCAAACAGGAAAGAGUGCCCACAGAUGGCCAAGCAAUUCACCCUGUGAAAAUUAUACACUGGUUGGCUUGCCCAAAGAGAUUUUAGGGUUGGCUAGAAGCAAACACCAGCCAACUUUUAUCUGGAUUCUUUUCUGUGGGCUGCUGGUACUGAUCUCAAUGCACCGUGGAAUGGGAAAAUGAGCUUCUCAUCUUUCAGAACACCGAGUAAUGGAUGUAUCACAUGCUGCAACAUGUGAAGAUUAUUUAUUGCUUUGGGCUGACCCAAACCAAGACUAUUUAAGGGAAAACAAUUGGGGUCAAAAGACAGCCAAUUUUUGCUUUAUGGAUCCACAACUUGAAUUCCUUUGCACUAUCAGUAUUAGCUUUUAAGUGACUCCUUUCACAAAGCCAUUUUGUCCUUAAUGUCUGCACUCACAUAAUUUACUCUGAAAACAGUAUCAAGAUAGCCAUUUUUUUUUUUUUUUUUUUUGGACACAGGGCCUCACAUAUAUAGCCCUGUCUGGCCCUGAACUCAUACAGUGCUGAGAUUAAAGACAUGUUGGGCUUGUUUUUAUUUUUUGGGGGGGACUUAUGUAGAUCAGGAUGACCUUGGGAUUCUGAUCUUGCCUCUAGCCACCAUCUACUGGGAAGUGACCCAAACACCCUCCCCCCCCACACCCAGGGUAUCACCAUGUAAUAAUGAUGUGUCUUAGAAUGCAUUACAUAGACAAGGACUGGGAUUAAAUAAGUGUACCAUUACACCCAGCCUGGUAACUUUUACUACACACUAAAACAAUGAGAAUAGGAAAUCACUUCGGGUUUGAACCCAACACGUCAUUAUUCAGACUUUCCAGAAAAUCAUAAAUGGCUUUGGAGGUGAGAGUCAGCUAGUCAGUUCAAGCAAAAUCAGUCAUUUUAUCUGGUUAUCAAAUGUGGUGAUAAAGGCGCUCAGACUUUACCCAUUAAAAAAAGCAGGGGUCCCAGUGAGAAACAAUGGACAGACAAGUACUCUGUAACCCAGUUCAAGACUCUUUCAAACUUAUACUCUGCCUUAAGUCUCUUAUCACACUGCCUUUGACAUCUUGGAAACUUGUGUUAACUCUCUAGGGAAGACUUCAAAACUAUGUAAUUUUACCAAGACUAGUUUGUGUACUGUUUGGUAAUGCUUUCACUUUCCCUGGCAGGAGUAAAGUUCUUUUUCUUUUUUUUUAUGGUUCUGGGUCUAUUAUGUUUAUUUUAAUCUUGAUGGUCAAGACCUUGGAAAACAACUGUCAUCUGAACAAACUCCUUGGGAAGCCAGAGACUGGUGUUUGAUGGACAUUAAAUAAAACUCAGCAGCACAGGGCUUCAUAGAAAAGCAAUUUAUUCCAUUAUAAGCACUUACACAGUUAGUCAUGGAGAGUAACAGGCCUGAUGGUGAGACAGGUUAACCAAACUGGAGAUGGCAUCAAACUAUAGUGGUCAAGGACUAACUCCUAAAAAAGCAACUUUUAUCAAGGAUUAAUUUAAUUUUAAAAACAAAUACAAACUAGCAAUACACUCUUUCUCAACUUGACAGUCACCAGUGGUACUGACUGUCAGUUAAAAACAUACAUCUUACAACUUGGUGGUCCCAAGUUCAAAAAAACAAAACAAAAAACCGCACAACAAAACCAUUUCACAGAAAGGAAAAGAAUAAUAUGGAAACAGCUCAAGAAAUACACUAAUGAGCAAAAAUAUAAGGGAAGGAGGAACGUGUGGUCUUAACUAAAGAAACCAAGAGUCUGGUUUACAUAGGCAAAUGUGCAUCCUGGAAAGCCAGGUGAGAGGACCUUAAACUCUAUGACUUGAAUCUCCCCUAAUUCCUGAAUAAAAAUGACAUUUUGCAAUAUUUAUACUCAUGGCUCAGACACCUACUUCACUUGGCUCUAAUUACUUAUCCAUUCUGGCCUCUUACCUGAGAAUCUGAAAAACUUAGGGCUAUAGCUUAAGAAGAAAAAUAAUCAAAACAUAAUACGCCCCAUUUCUGAAGCUACUUUAGACCUGGGUUUGUUACUAGAAAAUUCCUGAAGAAAAUUUAAAUAUAAGUCUGUGGCUUUGUUGAAUUAAGUCCCCCAGUUAAGAUUUAGAAAACACCCAUGGCUUGGGCUAAUAGUAUUGUUGGUGGCACCUAUUAUAGCUGGAUAGCUUAACAAAGUCUGUGUCUCAAACCAGUGUUAAAUCCACCUCAGGGUUCAGAAGAAAACAAGGGGAGUCUAAAUCACA